AUGGUGGGGCUUCCAAGAAGAUUAGUGAGACAGCUUUGCUAUCUACUAACCACUGUAAUAAUAAUUACUGUAUUAUUGUUGCUCGCGAAUCGACACAACGUGCUUCGAUUACAAGACUACUUGUCAAUCGACUUGACGCCUUCAUUCUUCCAACCGGCGGCAGAUUCAUUCAUAGUCGAUGUUUCAAUAAAUAAUUGUUUGAAAUUAAAGUCGAAGAACAAGGACUGUGGUUUACCAGCAGCAGCAGAAGGACCACUAGGUGAUUUACAAGACCUGGGAGGCUGGAUUAAAAUCGACAAGGAUUUGUCUUUAGGUAACUCUUGGAUUAAAAAGAAAUACUUCUCUUAUAAGAGAGUCCUGGCAAAGUCAUUGAAGGGAAAUGUACAAAGCGGCCAAAAGGAGCCAGAAAAAAGAGAUGAUCAACAGGUACUUAUAGAUAUUGCAAUUUCUAAUCCAGACAAGGAUGCUUUGAUUAAUGGUAAUAAGCAUUUACUUAUACCAGAGAAAAUAUUAAAGGAGUUACAUUCCGGAAGGGUUUUCAAUGAUAAAGAUCACGAGGAUUUGGUUUUGGAUGGAACUCAUAAGCAAAAGAGCGAACCACUAGUGUCAACACUACAUAAGAUUUCAGAAGUCGCUCCCAAAGAAAACAAAGAAGAAAGGAGCGUUGCAGAGGCAGGCAAUCACGAAAAUUCAAAUCAAGAGAGAGAUUCACUAGGGCUCGACAACAUAAGCGCUGAUAAGAGUCAGGUAAACAAGAGGGCUGAAGAAAACGAUAGACUUGACCUCGACAUUCAGUAUAAAAUCCCUACUAAGGAAGAAUUAUUGAACAAUGGCUGGCAAUAUAAGUCUAAUGGUAUCUGGUUGAAAUAUGGCUCAAAAUGGAACAAAGAAGUAAUCACAGGAUUAGAUAUCUUAUAUGGAGAUGACGCUGUUGAACCAAGACCAAACUGGGAAUUGCUCCAUGAAAAUAAUAUAUUAGAUGUCAACAGUCCGCCUGGAAAAAGUGCUUAUCUCACUAUUCGUAGGGGCCCCAAAGUUGACUACGACAAAGCUGAGUUCAAACCAACAUUAAAACUAAAAGAGGAUGGCAAAUUCAAAAUACUCCAAGUGGCAGAUCUACAUUUUUCUACUGGUGUAGGAAAAUGUCGUGACCCUGUUCCUCCUGAGUCUGCGGAUGGGUGUCAAGCUGAUCCGAGAACUUUAAAAUUUCUUGAGAAAGUAUUGGACUUGGAGAAACCAGACUUCGUCGUCCUAACAGGUGACCAGAUUUUUGGCGAUGAGGCACCAGAUUCCGAAACUGCAAUUUUCAAAGCUUUGAAUCCCUUCAUUUCGCGAAAAAUUCCUUUUGCAAUCACUCUAGGGAAUCAUGAUGAUGAAGGAUCGAUGACUCGAACUCAAGUGAUGAGUUUGUGCUCUAAUCUACCUUUUUCAUUGUCUUCCAUAGGCCCAGAUGAUGCUGCAGGAGUCGGGAAUUAUGUUUUGGAUGUCGAAUCUUUUGAUUCAAAGAAAUCAUCGCUAUCGCUCUAUUUUUUGGAUACUCACAAAUAUUCCCAAAGUCCCAAAGUAAAUCCAGGGUAUGACUGGAUAAAAGAAUCUCAAUUAAAAUGGCUUGAAAGGGCUCAUGUUGAAGUGGAUGACAAGCUGUCACCGGGCUUUCAUUUAUCGAUGGCUUUUUUUCACAUCCCACUUCCAGAAUACAGGAACUUGAAUAAUCGCAUAUUUGGAAGACAAAGAGAGGGCGUUACUGCCCCCAGAUACAAUACGGAAGCCAGAGCUUUGCUUGGUGAUAUAGGUGUUCUGGUAGUGAGUGUGGGUCAUGAUCACUGUAAUGAAUAUUGUCUAGCUGAUAAUCAAAAGAGACGAAUAGGAGGAGAGAAUGAUAUUUGGCUAUGCUAUGGUGGUGGCUCUGGUGAAGGAGGCUAUGGCGGGUAUGGUAAUUAUGUCAGAAGACUAAGGUUAUUUGAACUUGAUAUAAGCGCUGGUGAUAUUAUUACUUGGAAGAGGACUGCGGCGGAUCCUAAGAAAGUAAUUGACAAACAGAGAUUGGUUAAGAACGGAAAGGCCGUAAAAGAUAUUCAACAAGUUUAA